GAUGGGAUCCCCGCUCAAGACCUACCCUCUCUAGAUGAGAUUCAGUCCAAAAACCAAGUCGAUAUGAAGAGGAAAGUGGAGGGAGGAAUGAGUGGCGAAGAUUCACUUGCAGCAUCUUCAGUAAAGUCGAAGGAGGGAGAGAUAAGCAGCCAGGAUUCCCAAGCUGCCUCUUAUGCAAGCAGCGAUACACCUUCAUCUGAUUCCCCUUUGAACUUGAGACGCCUGAUGCAGCAUCUAGAAGAACAGUAUAAGAGAAAAGCAGGGAUGGGGAAUGGGGAAAUCAGGAUCGUCACUAGGAAACUACUGACAGACUCCUUGCUGGCCGAGCACAUCUUAGUCAUAGGUGUUGCUUUUCAGUGUGCAAGAUUCAUUUCUCACAAACCAUCCGUGGAAGAGAUACGGGAUGAUUAUCCUGGAGUUACUGUACUGAAGGGCGUGGAUUUCUCAAGAAUACCUGCUCUCCUGUUAGAAAUGCAAGAAAUGAUGGACUACAAAACACAGAAGGAAAUGGACAAAGCAGGCAUUCUUCCCACAGAUGUCCAGAGGCUAGAAAUAGAAGCCCAGCUCCUUCGAGAGGCUGAGCCCUUUUACCUCAGCCAAGAUCUGAAAUGGAAACUUCCUGGACGCAGUGGUAACUUGAGAGUGUUCAAACAGGAAAUGUGUAACAAUAUUCCAGUCCCGGACAAUGUAGCAGAUUUCAUAUCCAGCACAAAAGACAUAUAUGACCAGCUGAACUCCAAGUACAAUGUCAAUGGAAGCAGUUUAAAUUCUACAAGCAAAGUAAAUUUACCAAGAGAUAAAGACAUUCUCAGACUACUUAAAGAGCCCAGGAACUCAGCUUUUCAGGUUCUCAUUCUUUUAAAACUUUUAAAUCCUUUAAAUGUAAAGAAUUUAAACCCUUCCAAGGGUGGUGAAUGGGCAACCAGAGGGAGCACCACCUAG